GAGGAACCACAGGUCGGUCAUUUAUUUAGCAUUUCUUCUCAACAUUUCUCUUCUCAGUGGCGCACACCCAGUUGUUGCACGGAGGAGGGUCAGACCUCACUUAUUCACUAAUCAAACUGACUCUAUACUAGCCUCGUCUUCUAUUUACAUUAGCGUCAGUUCACGAUAGCGAACUUUACACUGAGCUUUGGUUGUGUAGAUAUGUUUCGAUAGCAGAGAUAGUCUACCACCUGGCUCUCUAACCAGUAAGCUUACUGUCGUCAACGUUCCUGUCACACAAGCGGAGUGUUUAUUUCAGAAUUUCCGAAGUUGCAACUGGAAUGGAGAGACUACUUUGAAAGCAUUUCUUCAACAGUUUCAUCUCGAAUAUGGAAAGCUGAUGGCAAGGGCCUGCGAAUAGGAGAGAAGUGAAAAGUGCCAAACCCUCAGUGCCAGGGGCUCUGUAUCUCAUAUUCAACACGUCACGGCAUCUGUCUGAAGUCCAAGUCAUGGCUGCCUAUGGACAGACCCAAUACAGUCCUGCCAUCCAGCCGGCAGGGCCCUAUGGGCCCUACACCCCUCACACCCAGGGCUACAGUGUGCCUCCCUACAAUAUUAAAACAGAGGAUGGCUUGAGUCACUCGCCAGGACAAAGCAGUCUGCUUGGCUACACAUCCAACUUCAGUGGCUCACCUCCUAGCCAAGCCAUUUAUAGUUAUUCCCCACACGGCAGCAGUAUUUCAUCCGGAAUUUUCCAGGGAACCAACGGGAUCGCAGGCUCAACGCCAUUCAGUCCCGCGCAGCAGGAUUUCUCAGCAUACUCCAGCUAUGGCCAAAGCCAGUACCCACCAUACUAUAACACACACUACAACAACCCCUACCUCACAACAAGUAGUAUCAGCCCAUCAUCUAUCACCACGGCAAUACCCUAUCAGCAUCCGGAACACACCGCUGUAACAGCCAGUCUCAGUCCAGAAUCACACCCAGAGUAUCAUGCUCCUCCAAGCCCCCCAACCCCAGGAAAGGAGCAGGAAGGAGCUCCAACCAGACGGGGCUCAGAUGGAAAACUGCGUGGGAGAAAGAGGGCCAAUGACCCCGUGCCCCCACUGGACUCUGACAUCGAGCGAGUGUUUAUUUGGGACCUGGAUGAAACCAUCAUCAUUUUCCACUCACUCCUCACUGGCUCUUUUUCCACACGCUUUGGCAAGGACUCUGCUAAAGCUGUGUCUUUGGGGCUGUGGAUGGAAGAAAUGAUCUUUAACUUGGCUGACUCACGACUCUUCUUCAAUGACCUGGAGGAAUGUGACCAAGUGCAUAUCGAUGAUGUGGCCUCAGAUGACAACGGGCAGGACCUAAGCACGUAUAACUUUGGAACGGAUGGCUUCCAGAGUCCAGCAGGGGGGGGAGCGCUGUGUCUAGGAUCAGGCGUUCAUGGUGGUGUGGACUGGAUGAGGAAGCUAGCCUUUCGCUACCGGCGGGUAAAAGAGAUCUACAACACCUUCAAGAACAAUGUAGGAGGAUUGUUGGGCAGUCCAAAGCGGGAGGAGUGGCUUCAGCUGAGGCGAGAAAUGGAGGUUCUGACAGAUCUGUGGCUUACACAGGCUCUCAAAGCUCUAGCUCUUAUUAACUCUAGACCAAACUGUGUGAAUGUGAUGGUGACAACCACUCAGCUGAUCCCAGCACUAUCCAAAGUGUUGCUUUAUGGUCUGGGAGGUGCCUUCCCCAUCGAAAACAUUUACAGUGCCACAAAAACCGGUAAGGAGAGUUGCUUUGAGCGAGUGACUCAGAGGUUUGGGAGACGAGCCGUGUAUGUGGUCAUUGGAGACGGAGUGGAGGAAGAGACUGUGGCAAAGAAGAAAAAUAUGCCAUUCUGGAGGGUAACCUGCAGGGCGGACCUGGAGGCACUGAGUCAUGCACUAGAGCUGGACUACCUCUAGAGGGUGCAAUCUACCCUAUGUCACUUCGGCCUGGUUUGGUCUGGCUAUUCAUCCACACAGGCAGUCAACAGUAAUCACAUGGCCAAGCCAAAAACUGCAGGACCAGUCAGCAGGGAGCUGCAACUUACUGGAAAUGCAUUUGUUUCAAGUCAGUCCAAGAAAAGCUUUUUUCCCUCUUUUGUUCAUUUUCUCCAUCUGUGACAAACCCCAGUUUUAUACAAUGGAGCAUUGCACUGAAGACAAUGGCCCAUCAAAGACAAGAUUACUUUUUGAAAGACAGAAGAGUUUCAGUUUGUGUUUGUUGAUAUAAGAGACAAAAGUGAAUUCAGGACAAAUUUGGGCAUAUGAGUUGCGAUGUGAAAACCAUUUAGAAUUAGAGUUUGGGAAAGAAGUAUGCAAGUAUUUACACUUGACUUUUUCUCUGAAUUCACCAAGACUACAGUUGUUUACCACAGAUGAGAACAUAUCCCGGUGUAGCUCAAAGUGUAGUCUUGGAUAACCAAAAGUUUUGUGAGAAAAAAAGUUCUUAAGUUUCUUCUGUACAUUCUGUUAAAAGUAGCAUAUCAGACUUUUUAAACUGUGAAAUUCAGUAAAAUGCUUUGUAGACAAAUAAAGCACAAUUGUGGGAAUUAGCUCAGUAAUUUAAGAUCAGUUGGGAAUUGCGUAGAUCUAACAAAUUUUGUUUGUAUUUUGUUGUCAUUGUUGUUAAAUUGAUUAUUUCUACCAAAAAUGCAAUAACAUUUUGAUAAUCUUUAUAAUCUAAUUAAUAAUGAUCCAUUCCUUCAGAUAAGCCUGAUAAACAAAUUUAAUGUUUAUGAAAAUGUGUGAUAUUCCACUAAAGCUAUUCAGUUACAUGUGGAACUAAUACAUGCUUUCUUUCUAUGAAUUAAAAGUACUGUAUGCUAUUUAACAACACACCCUAUUUUUUAAAAGCCAGUGCAAAAGAAUGUGUUGUUACUAACCCUGAAAAUAGCCAAAAUAUUGAAGCUAAAUCUAUUGCUCGAGUUGACAAUCAUCUACUUAACUUAUGAAUUUUUAUGACUUCUUUUUUUUUGGUGAGGUAGUUUCUUGAGCACUACAAAAUAUCUCCUACAUUUCUCUUCAUUGAUUUUCUGCACCAUGGUGAUCUGUAUUAUUUGUUACUGGAUGUAAAUUUGAUUUCAUGUUUUUUCGUAUUAGCAUUGCUGAAAUUUCUAUAUGUGUAUCUCUCCUGUAUGGAAACAGUAUGGUUGUCUUUUGGCUUGCAUGUGCCUAUUACAUUGCCUGUCCACCUAGCUAUAAUUUGUAUAUAUGGUUUUAUUGUUGAUUUGUUUCUAUGGGUUUAUUCUGAUAGAAGAAUAAAGAUAAAUUAAUUGCA